CCGACUCGAGAGUCUCAAUACGACAGAAUCCAUUCGUCUAAGAUUCAAAAUUCCGCACAGCGUUUCUCUUUCUACAUCUCUCAUGUGCGAAGUUUCUCCGGUUCAGUUCUCACUGCAUAGCAAGUGCUCCUUGGCAAUGGGGAGAACCCUAGCCGUCACUCCCCGUCAGCUUCCGUUGAGUCUGCCUUUACCUACAAGAUCUUCCGUUAAGUUUAAUGGUAGAGUCUCAAGCUCAAUUUCCACCUCUCUUGCUUUACGUGGCUCCGCCAGUACUUGUGUCCGUACGCUCAAAUGCUCGGGUUCAAUUUCUCAAUCAUAUGCUGAUCAAUCAGAGAAAUUUUUAGAAGCCUCCAAGAAGGGGAAUAUAAUUCCUUUAUACCGUUGCAUAUUGUGUGAUCACCUUACUCCAGUUCUUGCUUAUCGCUGUCUGGUUAAGGAAGAUGAUAGAGAUGCUCCAAGCUUUUUAUUUGAGUCAGUUGAACCUGGUUUGGAUGCUUCCACUAUUGGACGAUACAGUGUUAUCGGAGCUCAACCAAGUGUAGAGAUUGUGGCUAAAGAAAAUAUGGUUACAAUUAUGGACCAUUAUGAAGGACUGAGGACAGAGCAGAUUGUGGAGGAUCCGAUGGAAGUUCCUAGGAGAAUGAUGGAGGGUUGGACUCCCCAACUUGUUGAUGAGCUUCCAGAAGUAUUUAAUGGUGGAUGGGUCGGCUAUUUCUCAUAUGACACAGUGCGGUAUGUAGAGAAGAAAAAACUGCCAUUUUCUACUGCCCCACCAGAUGAUAGAAACCUCCCUGAUGUACAUCUUGGCCUUUAUGAGGAUGUUAUGAUAUUUGAUCAUUUGGAGAAGAAAGCAUAUGUUAUUCACUGGGUGCGAUUAGAUCAAUAUUCUACUGUUGAGGAGGCCUUUAAUGAUGGGAUUAACCGGUUGGAAAAUCUUAUAUCUAGGGUGCAUGAUACAGAUACACCUAGGCUACCUGCAGGUUUAAUAAAGUUGUCAACCCGUCUCUUUGGCCCUAAAUUAGAGACUUCGAGCAUGACAAGUGAAGAAUACAAGGCAGCAGUCUUACAUGCUAAAGAGCAUAUACUGGCUGGUGAUAUAUUUCAGAUUGUAUUGAGUCAACGUUUUGAACGUCGUACAUUUGCUGAUCCAUUUGAGAUCUACAGAUCUUUGAGAAUUGUUAAUCCAAGUCCAUAUAUGGCUUAUUUACAGGCUAGAGGGUGUAUACUGGUUGCUUCUAGUCCAGAAAUUCUCUCAAGUGUGAAGAAGAAAAAAAUUAUAAACCGCCCCCUUGCUGGGACUGUUAGGAGGGGAAAGACACCUAAAGAAGAUAAAAUGCUGGAGAAGGAACUUUUGAAUGAUGAAAAGCAAUGUGCAGAACAUAUUAUGUUAGUUGACUUGGGAAGAAACGAUGUGGGAAAGGUCUCCAAACCUGGUUCUGUGAAAGUCGAAAGGCUCAUGGAUAUCGAGCGAUAUUCUCAUGUUAUGCACAUCAGCUCAACAGUCACUGGAGAGUUACUUGAUCAUUUAACUAGCUGGGAUGCAUUGCGUGCUGCACUACCUGUUGGCACUGUUAGUGGGGCACCGAAGGUAAAAGCAAUGGAGUUGAUUGAUCAGCUAGAAGUGACAAGACGAGGUCCAUAUAGUGGUGGCUUUGGAGGCAUAUCGUUUUCUGGAGAUAUGGAUGUUGCCCUAGCUCUCAGAACUAUGGUCUUUCCUACUAGCUUCCGGUAUGAUACAAUGUUUUCAUACAAUGACAUGAACAAGCGACGAGAGUGGGUUGCUCAUCUGCAGGCUGGGGCUGGUAUUGUGGCUGACAGUGAUCCUGCUGAUGAGCAGAGAGAGUGUGAGAACAAAGCUGCUGGUCUGGCUCGUGCCAUUGAUCUUGCAGAAGAAUCAUUUCUCAAGAAAUGACUAAAUUAAGGAGUUUCAUGUUUUUUUUUUUUUUCUCAAGUAGUUUGUGCUCAAAUUUAAGUGUUUUAUGAUGAAUUUUUGGUUAUAUUUGGUUUUUUAAUUCGGAAAAUAGGCUUUUAUUUUAA